AUGGCGCAGGAUGUCCUGGAUCUUUCCGGCUUGCAGACCGAGGCAAUCAAUGAGCGCACCACCAAUAUUGACAGGGUUUCGACUCUGCAGAUGUGCACGAUAAUCAACAAUGAAGACAAGACAGUGGCUGACAGUGUGACGCCGUGUUUGGAAGACAUUGCGCGUUCAAUCGACUUGUUAGUUCCUCGUGUUCGUGCUGGUGGACGAGUGAUAUAUGUCGGAGCAGGGACUAGCGGCAGACUAGGAGUAUUGGACGGUUCCGAAAUCCUUCCUACAUUUGCAGCACCCCCGACUCAAUUCGUCGGCUUGAUUGCUGGAGGAGAUGCAGCAAUCCGAAUGGCACAGGAAGGUGCGGAAGACAGCACCGUAGCCGGCAAAGAUGAUCUAGUCGCUCUUGGCCUGAAUGGUGAGCUAGAUAGCGUUAUCGGAAUCGCAGCAUCUGGCCGCACGCCUUACGUGCUCGGUGCACUUGAAUAUGCCAAAGGUCUGGGUUGUCUCACACUUGGUGUCGCAUGUGUAUCGCCAUCAGAGAUGGGUCGGUCAGGUAAUGUUGAUAUUAUGAUGGCACCUUUACCAGGCCCGGAAGUCGUCACUGGCAGUACAAGACUGAAAGCGGGAACCGCGACGAAGCUGGUACUGAACAUGCUGAGCACCGGUACUAUGAUUAGGGCAGGAAAAACUUAUGGAAAUAUGAUGGUCGACCUUAUCGCAUCAAACCAAAAGCUCAAGCAAAGGUCGCGAAACAUUCUCCGAAAAGUUAGCAGACGCUGUUCCUCAAUGGUUGAUUAUGAACUGGAUGAUCUGCUUGCUCGAUGCGAUGGUAGAGUGAAACUUGCCAUUGUCGUCGCAGAGAAAGGGCUCUCGGUAGAGGAAAGCAGGGAGCAACUUGAAAUGGCUCAAGGUGUCCUCGCUAGGGUCAUUGCGACUGAGGAUGAUGUUCAAGUUAAGAAACCUCUGGUGAACGGAUUCAAACGACAUCGAUCAGUUUUGUGUAUAGACGGUGGCGGGUCAAAAUGUGCUGCCGUGGUAGGAUAUUCAGGUGGUAAGAUAGGGAAAGGCGUCGCUGGACCUUGCAAUUUGACGGAUGGAAAUUUCGAAGCUUCGGUAGAGGCAAUGGUCACAGCUGCGCGCGAGGCAUUUAAGAACAUUUCCAAACCAAUAAAGGCUGUCGACGGCAUCAAUAGUUCGAUAGAAUCGCAUCUAUCAGACGACGCAUAUUUCGAUUCCAUCUGGAUAGCCAGCGCCGGAAUGGACCGCCCAGGGAUGCGAGAACGUGUGCAAGCAGCAGUAACACAGAGUUUGAACCUGGAUAAAUUGGUUCAUAUGCAGAUCACCAACGACGUUGACCUGCUAGCUGCAGCCAUGGCCCGACAUCCAGAAAUCUCCUCCAGCUUGGUCGUUGUUGCUGGCACUGGUAGCAUUGCCAUCCGCUAUGCUCUUAAUAACAAUGAUAUAACCCCCAAACGUGUUGCUCGCGCUGGUGGAUGGGGUCAUCUUCUUGGAGAUGAAGGAGCCGGAUAUGCAAUUGGAAGACAAGCAAUCCGAAAGACAUUAUUUUCAUUAGAGGAAAUCAAUCUCUGCCAGAGAAAAGCCGGACUAAGUCCGUUAGAAUUGAAGAUACUGAAUUUUUUCUCCGACACCACGCUGGGAAGAGCCGACGACGUUCGGAAUAUCGAUCUACUAAGCAACGUCCUGGUGGCCAGCGAUGACAAAUCCGCCAAAUCUCGAAUCGCAGGCAUCACGCAAACAAUUCUGGAUUCAGCUGGAUCCGGAGACGCAGAAGCAGUGGAAAUCAUUGCCCAGCAAGUAUCAGACUUUGUCGAAAACACUCUCAGUCGCCUGCUUGACCAUCAGUCACAUGGAUAUAUUGAUCCUGCACAAUGCGGUCUCAUUCUCUCCGGAGGAGUGAUGCUCCACAGCGUGUAUCAAACCAUCUUCCAACUUGCCCUGGCUAAGCGCAACAUCCGGUUCAGCUAUACUGAAGCUGUUCCCAGUGCAGCACUUGUCGGAGUUGAAUAUUUAUUAGCAUCAGAUGCUCCUCUGCCACUCCAGAAUGGGACAUCCUGA